ACGACGAUGUCUGCUCUCCGUAACGUCAUGGCUUGUCUCUCAUUUUUUACAUUCUUAUAGGGCUGAAUAGGGAUGCUUAUACUCAGGGAUGCUUAUACUCAGGGAUGCCUAUGAAGAAAAGUUCGGAUACCUCCUGUGAGCUACAAUAUUACCCCACUGUACCCCUCACCUAAGCGGGGUCCUUGGUCACCCACAAUGUUAAUCCACCUUUGCAUGAGGUUAAACUGUAAUACCUAGCUAGUAAGCAGCUUAUAGGUUUUUGGCAAGUCGCUGUUACGCAUCGCUAUGGAGAGACGCAGUGCUGGCCUCAGCGAUGUUAUCUCGCAAGAGACGAGGAAACGUCCGCGCAGCUCUUCUGGGCCGGAGGGUUCUAGCCUUGACGACCGGCUUGGUGCUGGCCCUUGGCGAUACUCGCCAAGCAUGUCCCCUGUCAGCGACCCGGACAUUGACUACAAUGCACAUACUUCUAAACGAUACCUUUCAGAGGUCAUGGCCAACACCCUCAGCCGCCAUAUGCACAUCCGGACGUCUUCGUCACUAACCGCUGCCGCCAGCCAGCAGCUCCAGCCCCUACCUCUCCUUCAACAGCACGCGCCCCAGCACCUGGCCCUCUUCUCCUUGCCACCGCCGCCUCCCACCCCGUUGCCUGGGGGCUGCGGCCCCCAUCAAACAGCUCCGUCGCCCGACAUAAGCCCCAACCGUGCUUGCCAACGUCAAAGGCCCCGCAGCCAUGGCCGGGACGAGGCAGAGGUUACCAUGCAGCACCUGCCAUCAUCUCCCUUCGUUCCAUUUUUGCAGCCGUUCCGUAAGCCCUCGUACGGCACCGUUACAAGCACCACAACCACCUCGAAUACCGUUACAAUGGCGGACUCUACCAGUGAGAGCACCGCCACUGCGGAUUCGGAGCCGCUGUUACUGCUUGAAGAGGAGGAGGAGCGGGGACGCGAGCAGCAUGGUCAAGCUAUGGCUGGUCAAACCGGUCAACGCAACCGUGUCAGCAAUGAUCUGGGUCAGAGCUUGGAGCCUCGCAUGGUGUGGGGGCUCGAGUCAGUCGCGCUGGGGCAGGGACAUGGGCAACAAAGCGGGCAGCAGUGGGCAUGUAGCGGCGGCGUACCGACUCCUCACCAAACUGCGGCAGCCGUCGGCGGAGCCAGCGGAAGCGAAAGGCUUGGCGGGUGCUAUAGCCCAGGCAACGGCAACGGCCAAAGCUGCUCACCGUUUGCAACCGUAGCAAUUGCCACUGGCUGGCCUCAAUAUCACCACCACCACCACCAGCCGUUGCAGCAGCAGCACCCGAU